GAAAAUUGACGUGUUUAUAGAUACGCAGCCUAAAAAUUGUAAACAAACCAGCAAGUUUUCUCGUUCAAUUUAGAAAAUAUAUUAUUUAAAAUGUCUUUUGACACGAUUCCAAAGGAUCUGAGAGGAUUGAGGGCUUGCUUGGUGUGUUCUCUAGUUAAGACCUUCGAUCAAUUCGAGUACGAUGGAUGCGACAAUUGUGAAGAAUUUUUGAGGAUGAAAAAUAACAAAGAGAUGAUUUAUGAUUGUACUAGCAACAACUUUGAUGGGCUGAUCGCAGUAACAAGUCCGGAAGACAGUUGGGUCUGCAAAUGGCAGAGAAUAAAUCGAUUUACUAAAGGAAUUUAUGCGAUUUCCGUGGCCGGACGGCUACCAAAUGGCAUUAUACGGGAGAUGAAACAGAAGGGCCUCACAUAUCGGCCCAGGGACACCAGUCAGCGGUAAAUCUCAUUCCUUAUCGUUCCUCGGUUUAUUUUCUAUCUAAUGAUAAAGAAAAAUAAAGUCUUUUGGACUUAAAAACAUGAAAAAA